CACGUCUUCACUCUCCCCUUUAUCGCUCUCGUUAGAAAGUGAGAAAAACUUUUCAAUUCUUUCCCUCAGCUUCCUUGCUUUUAAAGCUGCUUCCACGGCUUCUCUUGAAAGUUCGAGAGUUGAAGUUUCAUUCUCAGAAUCAACUUGCGUCUUAUAAGAUGCCAUGUCUUCUUAUGAACUCAUCAUCGCUCAACAAUCUUCGGAGAAUUGGCGAGAUGAAGAAUUGCUUCCUAUCAUCAUCAUCAUCAUCAACUUGGUUGCUAUCGGAAGUUAAGAAGAAUAUUCGUUAUAAGGGUUGUGCUUUAUAUCGUUUUCCUAUUAUAAAACUCAAGAAUGCAAGGGGAAUACCGCUGGCUACCUCAUUCUGCCGAAAACAAACGAGAAUGGGUCUUUCUCAGAAUCUGCGAAGUCACACAGAUCUUCAGUAUACUCCAAGCGUGAAAGGAGCAGACACAGUGUUACAUUCGGUACUGAAAUUAUUCGACGUUUCGGUUCACUUUUGUCACAACAGUCUUGUCUUUGUUGCUGAGCGUUUGGGACUACAUUCUUGGUUCGAUGUGGUACCCUCAGAUGGAAAGCGUCUACUGUACCAAACUCAAAUCGUGACUAUUGUGAUUAUACGGGAAUUGGCUGUGUUACUGUUUCUUGUCCAGGUUUGGCCGAAAGUUGUUCGUUAUAUGCUGCAUUGGCUUAGAAAGGCUUGGAUUCAAUUCGACUUUUUGGGAACAAAAGUCUUAAACAAAGUUGCCGGGAAAGAAAUCAAAGAUGAAUUUGUAACUUCUGUUCCAUGGAGUGAUACAAUUCUUAAAGCAGCGGAACAGCCGUUGAUUCUUUCUUUGUGGAUUUUUGCUUUGUUACGAAUAGCAAACCUGGGAACUUUGUUGGGUUCUUCGGCGUUUUAUGCCUUAGAAAACAUUCUACACGUGCGGAUUGGUGACAAUGUUGUUGGUUACGGUUUAGGAAAGCUAUCUUUUGUUUUAUUGUUUGGAUGGUUCUUGGAAAGGUGGCGGAAGUUGCUGUUUCAGAAUGUAGGUUCGAAUAUGAAGAAUGUCGAUUCUAUGGAUCGUUCCUUGUUUUUAGCCUAUGAAAGGUUGAUGCAGGCUGUGAACUAUCUUAUCAUUUCCUUUUUACUCUAUGAAUAUGUUGGUCUUUCGUUUGCUCCAAUCUUUGCAAUCAGUGGCUUGGGAGGCAUCGCGUUGAGUUUGGCUGCGCGUGAUUUUGUGUCCAAUGUCUUUGGUAGUAUCAUGAUUUAUUUGACGAGGCCUUUUACUGUGGGUGAUAAAAUCCGUAGUAGAGAUGGUAGUGUGAAUGGUUGUGUUGAGAAGAUUGGAUGGUACAGCUCAGAAGUCUUAAAUGAUGAAGGUUUAGUAGUCUUUGUCCCAAACUCGACGUUUACAAGUGCAGUGAUAACCAAUUUGAGUAGAAUGAAACAAAUUCCGUUUCAAAGGAAAAUUUCACUCUCCAAAGUUUAUUUACAGAAUAUGGAUCGUAUAUUGGAUGAUAUUAGAAAGAAAAUAGAAUCUUUUUCAGUGGUAGACUUUUCAGUCCCUCCGACGAUAUAUGUAACUGAUGUAAGAGACGAUAGUAUUGAAAUUGAAGUCCGAUGUGUAUUGAAAAAUUCAUCUCAAAUGGAUGAGAAACUGGCUCGUCAAAAUCUUAUUAUAGAACUUGGUGAAUUGGAGCAACAAUUAAGAGUGGCAGGUGCUGCUUAAUUCUUGUAAUUUUCAAUAUUCAGUCAUUUGUUGUGUUCUCUGGUUGUAUUAAACGGCAUAUUGUUUCACAUCAAUUGAAUUUUUUGACA